UCACCUUUCCUGACGCAGCAACGCGAGUUCUGGCAUCGCUUUUACCAAGAUCUAACUGAUUGUGGCCCGAAAUGCGGCCCUCUGGUACACCCGGAAGGGAUCGAUCUUGCCAUCUUCUGGGACCCAGAGGUCACGCGGGAGCGGCCCGAUCUACUGAAUAUGACAGACGAUCAAUUGCGGGAGCUUACGAGCGCCCACAAGUCUUUCGUCAGUCAUAUACAAACCCGGAACUACUCAUUGCCGUACAAGAAAGGCACGAGAGGCAUCGUAACAACUGCUGGCGGCUCGUAUUUACGCAACGCCUUGGUUUCCAUCCGAAUGCUACGGCGCACUGGGUCGAAGCUGCCGGUGGAGAUCUUCCUCAAGGAUAAGUCGGAGUUUGACGACGACCUCUGCGGACACAUCAUGCCCAAAUUGAACGCAAAGUGUCUGCUCCUCACGGACAUCUUUGGCGCCGACCAAGGCAGCAUUGAGAACUAUCAGCUAAAGAUUAUGGCGAUCUUGUUCUCAUCCUUUGAAGAGGUGCUGAUGCUAGACUCGGAUUGCUUUCCCGUUUACGACCCCAACGUACUGUUUGACAAACCUCCCUUCACCGGUACCGGUCUGGUGUUGUGGCCGGACUUCUGGUAUCCAUCGGAAUCGCCACUCUUUUUUCAGAUUGCCGGUAUCCCACCCCCAGCGCUUACCGACCGACCCAGUACGGAGGCUGGCGAGAUCUUGUACUCUAAGCGGCUACAUGAAGCAUCGAUACUUCUGGCCGCGUACUAUAAUUAUUACGGACCAGGCUUCUACUACCCACUGCAGUCACAGGGCGCGCCGGGUGAGGGCGACAAAGAGACUUUCCUCUGGUCAGCCAUUGCUCUUGGUAAGCCGAUGUCGUCUGUGGACCACAAAGUCUUCGCGCUCGGGUACAAGUCCAAGGCAGGAGAGUGGAGAGGCAGUGCUAUGGCGCAGUUCGAUCCCGCGGAAGACCUCGAUGCUUCGAAGAUGCCUGGUUACCACCGGUCCUUCGUCUCCAAUAUCACAGACUUCCGGACAAACAUAACAAGAGCCUACCCUCGCGCCUUCUUCAUGCACGUGAACUUCCCAAAGAUUGACCCGCAGACUGUAUUCUUCGAGAACAGCUGGACGACUGUUUAUGAUAGCGAUUUAAAGCAGCGGCGCAUUUGGCAUCACGACAAGGAGAGUGCUCUUGCGUUCUUUGGCUUUGACGUCGAACACGAACUUUGGAGAGAGGUUCGAGACAUGGUGUGUGAGUACAAGAACACAUUCAGUGGUGAGGUUUGCAUGCGAGCGAAGAACUACCUGAAUACUGUAUUCAACACCGAGGUG